AUGGCACCUGCGGUUUUGGCUAACCUAAACGAACCGUUGUUUCUGGGACAAUGUGGCGCCGUUUUUAUGAGGAAAUACACAAACCAACCUCUUUCCGGUGAUAUCAAUAAUCCUCUUUUCAACCCUAACCCUAACCCUAACUCAAUCUCCGCUUACGGGAACAAUUCGAGCAAGCAUUUCGAUGAUUCGUCAGCUUAUGGAGACUACGUUUCCUUUGAUCUUGAUGGGUACACCUCGAAUCAGCUCAGGGAGCUGAAGAAGCGUCUCAAUUCGGAGCUCGAGGAAGUUCGGUUCCUGAGAGAACGGAUCGAAUCGGGUACGUUCGUGAGCGGCUCUGUUUAUACUACUCAAGCUCGUAGCUUCGCUGGUGAAACGAAUGACGUUGGAGUGAAGAAGACGAAGACGAAGAAGAAGAAAAUUGGGCAUGGGCAGAAGCGAAGCAAUCCGUUUGCUACGGACGAGCCUAGCCUUAAGCGUCAUGUGGCUUUGGAUCUGAUGUCUGAGAAGGUGUUGAAGAGUAUGAUGACGACAUGUGGUCAGAUCUUGGUGAAGCUGAUGAAGCAUAAAUGGUCAUGGGUCUUUUUAAAUCCUGUUGAUGUGGUAGGUUUAGGGCUUCAUGACUAUCAUCGGAUUGUGGACAAGCCUAUGGAUCUGGGUACGGUGAAGAUGAAUCUGGAAAAAGGUUUAUAUAGAUCGCCGAUUGAUUUCGCUUCUGAUGUUAGGUUGACUUUCACCAAUGCGAUGUCGUAUAAUCCAAAGGGUCAAGAUGUUUAUUUGAUGGCUGAGAAGCUUCUGAGUCAAUUUGACGUUUGGUUCAACCCUACAUUGAAGAGAUUCGAGGCUCAAGAGGUGAAAGUUAUGGGAUCAUCGUCUCGUCCUGGACCUGAGGAUAAUCAAAGAGUGUGGAAUCAGAAUAAUGUGGCGGAGAAUGCAAGGAAAGGACCUGAACAGAUUUCUAUAGCUAAAAAGCUAGAUUCAGUGAAGCCGCUACUACCUACAUUGCCUCCUCCUCCAGUAAUUGAGAUAACACGUGACCCAUCUCCUCCUCCUUCACCGGUUCAGCCACCACCACCACCAUCACCACCUCCCCAGCCGGUUAACCAAGUGGAAGCAUCACUUGAAGUGCGUGAAACGAAUAAGGGAAGGAAAGGGAAGUUACCGAAACCGAAGGCUAAGGAUCCAAACAAGCGGGAAAUGACAAUGGAUGAAAAGGGAAAGCUUGGCGUGAAUCUACAAGAAUUGCCUCCUGAGAAGCUUGGACAGUUGAUUCAGAUUCUUAGGAAGAGGACAAGAGAUUUGCCUCAAGACGGUGACGAAAUAGAGUUGGAUAUUGAAGCUUUAGAUAAUGAGACUUUGUGGGAGCUUGAUCGUUUUGUUACCAACUACAGAAAGAUGGCAAGCAAGAUCAAGCGACAAGGGUUUAUCCAGAAUGUGUCAACUCCACCAAGAAACAUGCCUCCGGUGACAGAAAUGGGAAGUGCUGAGAAGAGAGGGAGGAAAGGAGGGGAAGCAGGAGAAGAGGAUGUAGACAUUGGAGAAGAUAUACCAGUUGAGGAUUAUCCAUCAGUGGAGAUUGAAAGGGAUGGUACAGCUGCCGCUGCUAGUGGUGGCUCUAGUUCUUCUGGCAGCUUCAGUUCGAGUGGCAGUUCUUCUUCUAGUGAUUCAGAGUCAGGGAGUUCAUCAGGAAGUGAUUCGGAUGCGGAUAGUGUGCAGUCUCCAUUUGUGGAAGCAAAAGAAGCCCCGUAA